GUUGAGUCGCCUAGACCUGAACAUACCUGAACACUGAGCCGAUCUGAUCACAACCAAGUGAACCAACAUCCAAGCGUAGUCCAGGCUACGGCAACAAAAGUGCUCGGGACGUUUCCACAAGGGAUCAAACACGGGGACAAAUAGAAAGGCUUGCUACAUGUACAUGAUCCGGUCCGAUACACUUCCAAAAGGUGGAACUUCUGCAUCUAGCGCCACACAUUGACAAGUGCGGAAGUCAGACAUCUUUUAUCGAUUCAUCGAUCGAUCUGUUCAUCUGGCCCUCCGACGUACCAUCGUCCGUCCAUCCAUCCAACCAUCCAUCAAUCCUUCAUCAGUCCUGACUGACUGACUCCAGACAUUGCGGGAGCCAUACUCACUACAAGUCUACGAACUCACGUAAAACAGUCACAUCUCGACUCUGUCCGAGCUCAGUUUCUGUUUGAAGUUCAGUUGAGCAAGAGGACGCCGACGAGAACAACAUUGAGACUCUACAACAACAGCUGAUAAUUAUAAUUGUAAAAAUUAUAAUUGGUCCAUCAUAACCUCAACAGCAGACUUAUUAUAUACCAGUCUAAACACCUACAACAAAAAGCAAGAAAAAUGCCUUUUGACAUGGAUGACAACGGACGUGCUCCGAAACGCCAACGUACGGAGGCCUUAAAGCCCAAUCAUAUUGUUCUCAUGACUAUAAGAAACGCUCUUUAUCCCAUCGACGUCGAGGUGAUCUACAAGAUCUCUCACACUCUGGGUAGAGUCCAGAGAAUCGUAAUCUUUAGGAAAAACGGCGUUCAAGCCCUUGUCGAAUUCGAGAACGUCGACCAAGCCACUCGAGCAAAAAACGAAUUGGACGGCGCUGAUAUCUAUCAAGGAUGUUGCACUCUGAAACUGGAGUACGCUAAACCAUCGAAGCUGAACGUUUACAAGAACGAUAAAGACACUUGGGACUAUACCGGCAGCCUUGACGGCAAGGAGAAAGAUCCAGGACGCCAUAAGGCUGCUCUUCUAGGACCGCCCCCACUCACGACGAACAAUGGUUUUGCCGGACCUGGACCUUCUGGUCCCGGAGCAGGAGGUCCCCCGGCUUACAAUUCGUACGACGAAUCUUUCAAUAGGAAUCGUCAGCCCCCUGCAGGGCCUCAGGGCCGAAACGGAAACUACGGACAACAGGAAAGUGGGUUCGAUUACCAUCACGGGAAUUACGGGGGUUUACCUCCGGCCAAAGGUGGUGGUCAAUACGGGGAGCGUCGAGAGACCCUCCAAUACGAACGGAGAGGCGAGCGGUCCGAGGACUUCGGUUCGCCGCCUGUCGGAGGACCGCGGAGCGGCGCUCCGGGUUUCAACAGUCUCCCUCUGCCGAUGCAGAACGUCGGAUGUGUCUUGAUGGUGUACGGGCUGGCGCCGAGAAUUAAUACCUCUCACUUGUUCAACUUGUUCUGCCUUUACGGUAACGUGAUUCGCGUCAAGUUCCUCAAAUCGAAGCCCGGUUGCGCGAUGGUACAGAUGGGCGACGGGCCAUCGGUGGAGCGCGCCGUGCAGAACGUUCACAACGCGGUCAUCUUCGAUCAGACGAUCCAAGUGAAUUUCAGUAAACAGCCCUUCCUUCACGAGGAAGUGAAGGCGUACGACCUCCACGACGGUACACCUUCGUUCCGCGAAUUCAGUAAGAGCCGAAACAAUCGCUUCACGAACACGGAGCUUGCGGCCAAGAACCGCAUCCGCCCACCGUCGAACACAUUACAUUUUUUCAAUGCACCAAACGACAUAUCGGAAGAACGACUCAAAGACGUCUUCAAGAAAGAAGAUUUGACACCGCCGACGAAAAUCACCAUGUUCGAGAACAAGAACCUUAAGAGUCAGACCGGCAUGUUGGAAUUCGAGACCAUCCAACAAUCGACAGAAGCGCUCGUGAUCUGCAACCACGCUCCGAUUCAAAGUCCCUCUUCACCUUUCCCAUUCCUUCUGAAACUCUGUUUCACCUCAGGUAGCUAUCCGAAACAUUUCACCGAAGCGCAGCCUGGCAACGCAAUCGGUUCAGUCGUGAUGGAGAAAGACAUGUGAGGCACAUUCAGCGGUAGAGUUAGAUCGAACCCUUCGACGACGAGUCACUCGAAUUUUUCGUCCCACCCGCCUCCAUUCCCCCCUCUCGUCCACUCGAAUCGCAGUGCUCAUUGCCUCUCUCCGUUCUCGAACCGGCGUAGGAAGACAGUCGUCAACGUCAAGGUUCUGCGGACCCGAGACGAGUCGAAAUAUUUUGCCUGAGAGUCAAAUUGUUCAACUUUCAAGAAACGAUAUUAUUCGCGCGGAUCGAUCUCCUCGAUACAGCCCCGUGGCAUGCACUUCCCGCCCCUGGCUGCAAUACUUCAUCAUAUCGUAUCCUUCGAUUGGCGGGUAGUGAACAAUUCGGGGAAAUACUUAUCGGCAUAAAAAGUCAGGCGGAGGAAAAUGAUGCCCUCAGAGAGACUCAUAUUCACAUCAGUAGUGAACCACCGGCCAGGAGCCAUGAAACGCCGCAAAACAUUCGAUUUCAUUUCUAUCCAUUUUCCUGCAUUACAUUAUAUUACUUGAAGUCGUUGCAAUGAUCGUCAUCGUGAGAUCUCUUGAGAGUUAUGAUUAAUGGCUCUCAGUGUACAUGCCUACAUGUCAGUUUGUCUUUCUGUCUGUCCCUCGAUUAAAGUGUCUGUCCGUUCCUCUAUCUGUCAUGAAUGGAUCAAUUGGUGCAUUUCAAUAUAUUGAGUCCUUGUGCCUCUCGACGCAUGAGCACGAAAGGUUCGUCGAGAGAGAAACGAGAGUUCGUCGAGCAGAAAAUCGACUUUAUGAAACGCCGUUGCGGGGAUUCGAGAGGUAUAAAAUCUAGAUAGGAAGCAUCGAUCCUUCUGCUCUCUAUUGAAAAAUGAAUCA